UUGCCGAGAUCCUUGUUCCAUUAUUUGACAGAUGAUGGCACCGCUUUUCUGACCAAGGAGGAUAUUGGUCAGUUUUUGAGAGGAGAAAUGAUUAAUAUUUCUAAUAUCCAAGUGUACAUGAGGGCUACGCAGUCGGACUUGGCUGGAUUUGGGGAUUAUAUUGGAUGUGUUUGUUGGAUGUGUCCGCAAAGCACCGUUAUGGAGUCUCAUUCAUCAUCGGAGGAGGUAACAAAGUACAUUCUGCAUGCUAUGGUUGGAUGCGUCGAUGUAAAUGCUAGUAUCAUGUUCGCGCCAAUCUUUCAAGACCAACAUUGGAUGCUACUUGUCAUAUGUCCCUUGCCUGGGAUAGUUUAUAUCUUCGAUUCUGCCAGCUAUCACAAACAACGGAAGUUAAAGCUUAAAUUGCCUAUGAUAGCUGCUUUUAGGAGGUUUCGGAUGAGCGGCCACAAAGUUCGUCGAGAGAAGCUUUUGUGGAAAUAUGUUGAGGUAUGUAUUGAUCGAAUUGCUUGA